CAUUAGAAAAAUUCCGACGAGACGACGACGGCAGUGCGUUACGUCGAGAAGUAUUUCUCAGAUCUCUUGAUCUCUUUUUCUCAUCGGAAUUUCUUACUUCCGGUGAUCCGUUGCCUUUCUUCUUUCAUUUUUUGGAACUCGUGAUCUUCUUUUUGGCGGGAAUUUGGUUUUGUAUUAGUGGCCCCAUAAUUCUCUUUCAUUGGGCGACUAGAUUUAUGAUUGAUUUGUGCUGUUUUUGUUUUCUUUUGCGGCUUGUUUGAAUUUUGGAGUGCGAUCCGAUUCGGGCGGGAGUUUUUGUGGGUACUUUUUGAUUUAAUCUCUGAGAAACCUAUUGUCUGAGUGUGUAAAGAGAGAGGGAGAGAUGACGAUUUCGGAGAAUACGAAGGGUCUGGUUCUGGCUAUGGCGUCGAGUGCGUUUAUUGGUUCGAGUUUUAUCUUGAAGAAGAAGGGACUCAAGCGUGCCGGAGCCACAGGGGCGAGAGCAGGUGUUGGCGGAUAUACAUAUCUGUUAGAGCCACUUUGGUGGGCAGGAAUGGUCACAAUGAUUAUUGGAGAGAUUGCAAACUUUAUAGCUUAUAUUUAUGCCCCAGCAGUUUUAGUCACACCCCUUGGUGCACUGAGCAUCAUUAUCAGUGCUGUUCUAGCCCACUUCUUGUUGAAGGAGAGGCUACAGAAAAUGGGUGUGUUAGGGUGCUUAUCUUGUAUUGUAGGAUCAGUUAUAAUAGUUAUCCAUGCACCUCAGGAACAUACUCCUGAUUCUGUACAAGAAAUUUGGGAUUUAGCUACCCAACCAGCUUUUCUAGUCUACAUUGCUACUAUAGCUUCGUUAGUAUUGGCUCUCAUGUUGUAUUUUGAGCCUCGCUAUGGGCAUGUAAACAUACUGGUCUACUUGGGAAUCUGUUCUUUAAUGGGUUCAUUGACGGUUAUGAGUAUUAAAGCUAUUGGAAUAGCGAUAAGGCUUACACUUGAAGGGGUAAGCCAGGUAGCUUACCCACAAACUUGGCUGUUCGUCACAGUUGCAGUAGUCUGUGUCAUCACACAACUAAACUACUUGAAUAAGGCCUUGGAUACAUUCAAUGCAGCCCUCGUAUCUCCUGUAUACUAUGCCAUGUUCACGACAUUGACUAUCAUUGCUAGUGCUAUCAUGUUUAAGGACUGGUCAGGCCAGAAUGCAAACACCAUAGUUUCUGAAUUAUGUGGAUUCAUUACUGUCCUUUCUGGAACUAUUAUUCUUCAUUCAACCAGAGAACAACAACCAGUCUCCACGCAAGGAUCUGUGGCAUGGUAUAUUACUGGGGAUUCAAUGAAAGGCAUUGAAGAACAUCUGAUCACCAUAAGCAAUUCACAUUACACUGAAGGAUGAACCUACUCUGUUGUGAAUGCAAUUUGAAAGGCAAUGGCCUUAAAUGCAAAACUGAAAAUAUACUCAUAUGGAAAGGAUCGGUACAAUGUGGACGAAUUGGCACAUCGAUCAUGGUCUUGUCACGACUCGAGAGAUCGUGUCCUCCCCUCAGCUGCUGCGAACCCGAGCUGCUCGACAAUCUGGUAAGGAUGUUUACACUUGGAAUGGAAGAGGGGGGGAGAGAUCUUCUCAAUGAUCCAUGCUGGUUCCAGCAUCAGUAGUAUAGUCUGUGCCAUACUGUAAAUUAUAGGUUAUAACAUUUAUUCAUUUCCCAUCUAUAGUUUUGAAUCUGUAAUCUAUCUUAUUUGAUUUUGUUUAUAAGCCUUGGGAAUAGAUUAUAGUUUUGAAGGAAACUCUUUAUUUUAAAAGUCUUA